GAGCAAUCCUCUCAUAUCUCAUUCUCCACCACCACCACAAAUUAUAUAUUCAUAUUUCCCUAUUUUUUUUCAAACCCUCACUCACAGUUGUUUGCCCCACCAUUCCCACACACACAGAAAACACACAUUCAGUGAGUGAGUGAUUUCAGCAAUGGCGUCCACAGCAGCUGCAUCGUCGCCGGCCUUCUGUGGCAUCCCCAAGGCCUCAACCGCCACCGCCGCCAGAGCCUCCCUGAAAACCCCCACCACUCGAUUCCUAUCGAAAACCCCAACCCGCGGCCUGGGUUUCGCCGCCGCCGCCGCCGACCCGCUCCUCUCCCGCCACGUGGCAGUCAAGAUGGCGUCGCUCAAGAGGGGAUCGUCCGCCGCCGUCAGAGGAGUGGCGUCGAUGGUGAAGAAGAGCGUGGGUGACCUCACCGCCGCCGAGCUCAAGGGCAAAAGGGUCUUUGUUAGGGCUGAUCUGAAUGUACCCCUCGAUGACAGCCAGAAUAUCACCGAUGACACCAGGAUCAGAGCCGCCAUUCCAACCAUCAAACACUUGAUAAGCAAUGGUGCUAAAGUCCUUCUCUCCAGUCACUUGGGUCGUCCAAAAGGUGUGACUCCAAAAUACAGCCUCGCACCUCUCGUACCGAGGCUAUCUGAACUGCUCGGAAUCCAGGUUGUGAAAGCCGAUGACUGCAUUGGGCCAGAUGUCGAAGCGUUAGUGGCUGCACUCCCCGAAGGUGGUGUUCUCUUGCUCGAGAAUGUGAGGUUCUACAAAGAGGAGGAGAAGAAUGAUCCGGAAUUCGCCCAAAAGCUCGCCUCAUUGGCUGAUCUGUAUGUGAACGACGCGUUCGGAACUGCGCACAGGGCCCACGCAUCUACUGAGGGUGUCACCAAAUUCUUGAAGCCCUCCGUUGCUGGUUUCCUCUUACAAAAGGAGCUAGAUUAUCUCGUUGGGGCAGUUUCAAACCCAAAGAAACCCUUUGCUGCGAUUGUGGGUGGUUCGAAGGUGUCAUCCAAGAUUGGUGUAAUCGAAUCACUUUUAAGCUCAUGUGAUAUAUUGCUGUUGGGUGGAGGAAUGAUCUUCACUUUUUACAAAGCACAAGGCCUAUCUGUGGGGUCGUCCCUCGUGGAAGAAGACAAGCUCGAUCUUGCCACGUCACUCCUCGAGAAAGCUAAGGCUAAAGGUGUCAGUCUUUUGCUACCAACCGAUGUCGUUAUAGCCAACAAGUUUGCUCCGGAUGCUGAGAGCAAGAUUGUGCCGGCGACUGAAAUUCCAGAUGGAUGGAUGGGAUUGGACAUUGGACCGGAUUCGAUUAAGACAUUCAAUGCUGCUUUGGACACUACAAAGACUGUUAUUUGGAAUGGACCAAUGGGAGUCUUUGAGUUUGAGAAGUUUGCUGCCGGUACCGAGGCAAUUGCGAACAAACUAGCUGAACUUAGCGGAAAGGGGGUGACCACAAUCAUUGGUGGCGGAGAUUCGGUUGCGGCGGUGGAGAAAGUAGGAGUGGCCAGUGUGAUGAGCCACAUAUCAACCGGUGGUGGGGCCAGUUUGGAGCUCUUGGAAGGCAAAGAACUGCCAGGUGUCCUCGCCCUCGAUGAAGCCAUCCCUGUCGCCGUGUAAGGGCAUAACCGUCAUUUUACAAUAAAUUCUUUUGUAGCCGUGCUUUUUUCGUUCGGGUUUGUAAAGGAGAAAAUGUAUGAGUUCAUGUUGUAGAUGUUUUGGCUUUUGCCCUCAAUAUAAUAAGCUCUCUUUUUUUCUCCCCCCCUUGUAAUCCAAUCAAGAAACAAUUGAGGAGUGUGUUAUUGGCUUAUUGCCCCUGUGUUUUAUCUAAUUGUUAAAAAA